UACCUUCAUCAACAUGCUUAUCAAAUACUACAACGGGAGAUUUAAAGACAAAUCCGUCGGAAGAUAGCAAGACCAUUGGUUAUUGUAAAUCUUCGACUCGAGUUUCUAAUACGAAUUUGUCUGCAAGAAAAUUAUGGAACAAUGCAUCCAAAACGACCAGAAAUUCCGUUCCUGUAAAUGACAUAAUUGAAGAAGAAAGCGAGCUUAUUAGCAUGUUGACAAAACAAUUGCAUCUGGCUGAGUCACAAAUGCGAAAAAUGCAAUCCGUUUUGACGAAAGCUGAAGAAGGUUUGAAAACCAAAGAUCAGGAAAUUGGACGCUUAAAGCGGAAGAUUAAAGAAUGGGAAACCAAGUACAAAAAUCAGGAACUAUUACGAAAGAAAGAGCAACGAAGUCAGGCAAAUAAUUCUGAAUAUUUCUAUCAACGGUGUUUAACACUAGAACACAAGAUUAGCGAAAUGGAGAAGUUUUUAGCUGAUUACGGAUUAAUAUGGGUAGGUGAUCCAAAAAAUGCGACAAACGCAGAUGGUGGUAACAAUAAUUAUAUCGACAUCUGUUAUAAACAAUUAGUUGCAAAUAUUGACCAGUUGAAUCUAGCUGCAGGAAAGGGCGAAGUUCACAUUCACCAUAAUGAGAAAGGAGGUGGAGCAACUUUCAAAGUAAUCUUCUAGUUUUGCAAUGUGAUCAUGCAAAUGUACAGAAUACAGAAUAUUACUUGCAAAAUUGAUAUAAAAUAUUCCAUAAUUAGCGACACAUUUUUCAUGGACAGGUAGAGCAAGUUAUAGAAUGAAUAGAAAAAUUCUCUACUUCCGAUUUUUGCAAUAA